AUGAGUGAAGGCCAGUGGAGGUGUGUGAUUAAAGCACAUCCUCCCCAUGAUGUUCUGGAAAUUUGUUCUCUACUAAACAGCUUUGUUAUUGAAGUUGAUAGAAUAUUUAUUUCUAAUUGCCAGAUUUUUGCUUUUGCUGGCGUGUGGGAAUUAACAUUCCCAAGCCGAAACGAGGAAGGAAACGAUAGAUUUAUUGAAUUUAAUGAAUCUACAUUCAACAAAUUGCGAAGUUAUUGUUUAAAUAUUGAAAGACUAUUUCUUUCGGGAACCAAAGCUAUUAGUACCGAAUCUCUGUAUCUAAAAAUUGUUCUAUUAUUGGAGGAGGAAGAUAAUCCACUGGAGAGGUACAAGUAUAUUUACAACAAAGUGAAGGAAGCCGAAAUAUCUUGUGUGCAACACUAUUAUGAAUAUUUAGAACACCAAUAUUUUGUAAUUAUUAGCGAAAAAGCAGAGUGUGAUUUAAAAACCUAUUUGGAAACGAAUGAGUUGAGUUUGGAAGUUAGGAUAAAUCUCUGUGUACAAUAUGCUGAGCUAGUACUAAAAUUACAUGAGCAGAAUAUUGUUCAUUGCGAUUUGAAACCAAGCAAUGUAUUGGUACUCAAGGAUGGCAGUUUAAGGCUAACUGAUUUUGAAGGGUCUUCUUACUUGAAAGAUAACAAGAGCUUUUUCAAUUCCCAUUGUAAAUCAAUUGGUUACUUUGAUGAGACAGUUAGUGUUGAGCAGUUUCAAGACCUUUUAAAUCGUGAUUUAUUUGCUUUGGGUAUUAGUUUUAUUGAAAUAUUUAUGUGUAAUCCGAAUAAUCAUAUUACAACAAAGCACGAAUUCAUCAAGAGAAAAGAGUUUGCCAAAUAUCCAUAUUCAACAAUUUAUCANACAGUGGAAUCUUUUCUUAAAAACGAUCAGUCUCGUAGUAUUAAAGAUUUAAUACAUAAAUUACAGGAAGUUAGCAUUGAGUUGAGUUACAUGAUUUAA